CGCGCUGUGGUCUUCAAUGUCGACCACUGCUUAGCUCCCGAACACAAGUUUCCGAUACCACUGGAAGACUGUUAUCAUACGAUCUCCUGGGUGAUCGACCAUGCAGAAAAGUACAACAUCAACCCCCAGAAGAUAGGCUUAUGGGGAUGUUCCGCGGGUGCGAACCUGGCUGCUGCCGUCUGCCUUCGU